AUGGACAGCUAUUUUAUCGAGUUUUUAAGUAUUCAAUAUCACCAGAUCGGAAAACUUUUCUCCUUGCUCAAAUUGAGCUCUUACAAUCCACCAGCUCCUUUCGCUUCAUCGGGGGCUCUUAGGAGCUUGAAACCUGACUUUCCGGAACAGGGUCAACCCUUGGCGGCCGGUGAAUAUGAAACUGAAGCACAGGCGGUGCUGAAUGAUGAAUUCUCCGUCUCACCUCCACAACAUACAGCUGUACGUCAACAGGAGGACUCUAUUAAUUAUGGACUUCUUGGUAACGAUGAUUGGGAUGAAGCAUCUGGUCGUAAUGGCAGUUUUGCAGAUUUCGUGCGAGAGAACAAUUCUUCAUAUUGCGUCGUCGAUCCAUAUACCAAUGAGGAAGCCCCGGGACACACAUACUUUGAUCAACGACAUCGAACUAACAACAACGAAUCAUCCACUAGUAUUCUGGGCUUAAAAGGAGAGCAUACAGUGAAGCAAUUACGACUAUCAAAGGCUCUGACAGUACGUGAAACCACAACAAUUUACGAAGCCUGCCGUCGGAUGACUGCUCGGAGAACUGAUGCUGUUUUACUUACUAACUCAGAUGAGUUACUCAGUGGUAUAUUGACAAACAAGGAUAUUGUAAGAAGAGUUAUUGCUGCUGAGAUUGAUUUUGUGAACACACCUGUCUCGAAGGUGAUGACAAAGAACCCAAAGUUUGUGCUCUCUAAUACACUGGUUGUGGAAGCACUGAAUACGAUGCUGGAUGGGCAAUUUGGACACUUGCCUGUUGUAGAGAAUGACGUGGUUAUUGGGCUACUUGACAUGGCAGCUGCUGUGAAACGUUUAAAUUUAAACCAGUUAUAGAGAAUGUUAGAUUAUAAAGCUGCAACUUAAUCAGUAUUUGAUUUCUCACUGUUUAAAUUCGAGCCUCUGUCGUAUUGUAUGUUGUUGACAUGAGAAUUCAUGAAUAAACAAAUAAGAUCACAUCUAUAUCUCUCUUUAUCGAAUAUUAUUGGAGUUACACAUUCUGUUAAUCAGAGUUAGUUAGUUGGCAC